AUGACAGCGCCUCGAUUGUUCCUCGUCCGCCACGGCGAAACAGAAUGGUCCCUCAGCGGCAAACACACGGGCCGUACCGACAUCCCCCUUACUGCCAAUGGCGAGAAACGAGUCCGCGCAACAGGCAAGGCCCUUGUUGGCCGUGAUCGCCUCAUUGUGCCUCAAAAGCUGGUACACAUCUACGUCUCGCCACGGAAACGGGCCCAACGAACUUUUGAGUUGAUAAAUUUAGGAAUAUCAGGUGAUUUGCCGUGGGAGGCACACGGCGAAAGUACCGAGCAAGGGUUGGAAUGCGAUGCAAAGGUCCAAGUGACAGACGACGUGAGGGAGUGGGACUACGGUGACUACGAGGGCAUCACGUCGCCCGAGAUUCGCAAGAUACGCGCCGACCAGGGCAUACAGGGGACAUGGGAUAUCUGGAAGGACGGAUGUCCUGGCGGCGAGAGCCCGGAACAAAUCACCGAGCGUCUGGACCGCCUGAUUCACGAGAUACGCGAGAAAUGGCACAAACCUGCCAUUGGACAGCCCAAGGACCAGAACGUCCAUGGAGACGUGCUGAUUGUAGCCCAUGGCCAUAUUCUUCGUGCAUUGGCAAUGCGAUGGGCGGGCAAGUCGUUGCAGGACGGGCCUGCCUUUUUGCUGGAGGCUGGUGGCGUAGGCAUCCUGAGUUAUGAGCACCAUAGAUUGGAGGAGCCGGCUAUUUUGUUGGGCGGUGCGUUUGUGGUUGAUGUUGAGGGCAAGUGA